AUGGGUCUCAAGUCCUUCUUCCGUACCAUCACCACCGGGUGGGAAGACUGGCGUGUCCUGCUGGCUGCCCGCGACGACGAUGACGACGACUACAACUUUGCCUCCGGCGCCCGCAGGGGUAUGGAGUACAACUUCCCCUCCGGCCCCCGUCGCGGCACCGAACGUUACGAAUCCGAAGAGGAGGGCUACGACAGCCGCUCUGAAACCUUGAGGACCCCUAGCUCCUCUUCUUAG